UUUUAACAAUGUUUAUACUAAUUACAUCAUUUGUAGUAGGUAUUUUUUGUUAGAACACUAAUUACGCAAAUACAAAUUGGAAUAAAGUUUAAGGAUUGCCGAGUAUGAAUGCAACUCUUGAGAACUAUGAAUAAUUAUUAUGGUUGGUUAAUAUAUCAAUAGGUGUUCCAGCAUAAAAUUUUUCAGUAUAGGUUGAUACAGGUUCAAAUAUUUUAUGGGUUCCCUACAGUGUUUGUUCAAAUUGUGAUAUAAAUACUAGAUAUAAUCCUAGUGGUUAGAGUUAUUUCAAACCAAAUGGUAGCAAUUAUUAUUAAGCAUAUGGAAGUGGAGAAUGCAGUGGUUAUGUUGCAUCAGAUAUUGUGAAUAUACAAAAUACAGUAAUAAACACAACAUUUACUAUGAUGUUUGCAACAAUGGAGUAAGGGUUUUCAUUCCCAACUAUAAUGGAUGGGAUAAUGGGUAUUUCUAACAAUCAAUCAUUUACAAAUAUCUUUUAAGCGUCUUUUAAAGCUGGUUAGAUAAAAACUGAAUUGUAUGGCUUAGUAUUCAAUUAACCUCCUUUGAAUUCUUAUUUGAUUUUUGGAUAAAUAAAUCCAUCCUUAAUGAAUUAAGUAUAAUGGGUAACUCCUAAUGACAUUUAUAGAUGGAAAUUAUUUAUUAAUAAGUUUACGAUAAAUGGAUAAGAUUAUUCAUCAUAAAUGGGAUCAGUUACAUCUGCUAUUUUGGAUUCUGGAACAGCAGAUUUAAUAGUAACAGAAGCACUUUAUGGAAUUUUAUUAAAAACUUACUUGAUACCUGCAGGAUGUAUUUAGAGUGGCAGCCUUUAUUGUCCUUGUUAACCAACAGCAUAGGAAUUGUAAUAUCUACCAAAUAUUACAGUUUCAUUUAAUGUAGUAGAUGUUACUAUUCCCUUUUUUAAUUUAUUAUAAAAUUAUUAUGUUGCACGUUAGUAUUAAAUAUUAUAAUAUUAGCUUAGGGAUAAUAGUGUUAAGUCAUGCUCACUUAUACAAGUGGCCCUCCUUUUAUGGUCUUUGGUGAUCCUGCUUUAUUAUCUAUAAUUCCUAUAUUUAAUAAGACAGCAAAUUAAAUUGGUAUUAUUGGAGGAGUUGCUAAUGGUAUACCAAAUGGAGAUUAUCCUGGAAAUGAGGAAAUAGAUGAAGCUUGAUCAAAUAAUAU